AUGAUUGGUGGGAAAGUCCUGGACUCGGUUUAUGAUCUAAUGGUUGGUUCCAGCGAUGGUGUUCAAGGCAAGGGCUCUGGCGACGAGUGUUUCGGGUAUGAUAGCGCAUUUCUCGCUGCUGUGGCCUUGGUUCGUGUUCAUCGCGCUUAUGGCAGGGUGCUACUGUAG